AUGGACUGGCUGUUCUAUCACGAAAUAAACGAAUACUUUGUGAUAUCAUUGUGCCUUAUAUUGAACGCGUUGCAAUUAACAUUGGCGCUAACGGAACGACAACAAGUCGUCAAAGUCUAUUGCAAGUUGAUCGUUUUGAAUGCUAGUACUGAGCUCUGCAGUACUUUUUGUAUGGCUCUUGGAAGACCGGUAAGGAAAUGAGCAUAAAAGUAUAAUAUAAUAGUUAACACAUUGUUGUUCAAAAAAGAAUGAGCCAUAUUUCAUAACAAAUUUCUUUAAAAAUCAAAAAAAAUUUUUUUUAAUUUAAAAAUUUUUUGAUUUUUUUAAAUUUGUUACCUAAAUUUUCUAAAAGGUUGGUUUUAACUCUAUUUUUAUCAGUAGCUCAUUAUUUUUUGAACAACCCAACAGUAAGGUUAUUACAAUUUUUUAAAAUUUAUUUGUUGUAAACUAUGUCAUUUCAGAUUCUCCAGUUCAGAAACGGCUUGUUCGUUGUGGUCUUUCUCGGUAGAGAAAAAGACGCAAAUUUAUAUUUGGUGUUUUUCUUCUAUGCCAUUGGAGUAGGUAUUGGUAUCAUCACUUUGCUAAUGGACUUCUUGUAUCGUUAUAUGGUCGUGUGUCGGUAUGUUGUUGGUCUAAGUUAAAUAAUUUUAUAUUUUUUACGAUUAUGGUUAGGUUUAGGUUAACGCUUAAGUUUAGGCUUACAUUUACUUUUAGACUUAUGCUUAAGUCCAAGCUUAAGCUUUAAUUUAGGCUUUGGUUAACACUUAAGCAUAGUUUAAGGCUUACGCUUGACUUCAGGUUUAGGCCUACGCUUGAGUUUAGGCUUGUGCAGCAUCUCAAGUGUAAGGUUCAUUACUAGGUUUAAAUUUAUUACUAGCAAAUUGUUUUUGACUUUUAAAAACUGUUUUUACUAUUGCCUCAAAGUAAGAAAAAGUAAAAUCCCAGCACUCGCAGUCAUUUGUUGGGUCGUUUUACACCGAGGCAAAUAUGACAUUAUUACAUCAAAAAACGUUACGUAAUUCCAUUUUUUGCAAUUUCUUUGAGGCUAUCUUAUUAGCUCAUUAAAUUAUAUAACUCUGCAGACAUUGUGUAAUACGACUUUUUGUUAAAGAAAUGUCCUAAUGAACUACAAAGUUAUUUAAUGGUCUAGGCUAGGUAGAAUGAUAAGAGCCAGCAGGCCUAAAUUACAGGGUGCGCCAAAAGUACGUUGACUCAUUAUUUUAGUCAUAUAUUUAUUAAAACAAUGAAUAUACUUAAAACAACAACUAACAAUAGUAACAUAUAGUACUAAGUAUAAGAUUGGGCUUGGUAGGUUUACGUUUAACAAGCUUAGGCUUAAUAAACUGAUGCAUAGUGGGCUUAGGUUUAAUACGGAUAGCUUUAACAGGCUUAGCUGUAGUGUUAAGCUUAAUAGGUUUAAGCUUAGUUUGAUUACUUUCUCUUAGUAGUCUAAGACUAAAGGCUUGUUUAAGCUCAGUCUGAGUAGGCUUAAGCCUAGCUAUGCUUAGAGUUCAGAGUAGUAAGUUUAAUUUAAUUAAUUUAAAAAGUUUAAAUUUAAAAAUUAAUUUUUAGUGAUACAAAUGUAAGACUUUACCAUAUACUAAGCUGGACGUUGAUUGUUUACUUUUUUGCUGCUUGGGAUGCCACUUUUUUGACAUAUGGCUUUUACACAUCAACUGAGGGUACAAACGCUACACUUCAUAGUAUAUUCACCGAUGUACCUUACUUUUUGAAACUUGAGGAUGUGCCAGUGCUUUUUACUGAUGUGGUAAGGCUUUUUCUGCGUUUUUGAUAAUUGAUAAGAAAGAAGUUUGUCUUUAUCAUUUUAUAAUUUUAAAAAUGAGUUUUUGUACUUUUGAUCAUUUUUGUUACAGUACAACCAGUACAGUCGAAUUUUCAUGGUAUCAGCACUGAUGAUUACUAAUACAGUAUAUUCUGUUGUAUUUUUCACACGACACAAAGUUAUGACAAAGUUAUUCAGUAAGAAACACGUCAUGUCUCAGAGGACUAAAAUAAUGCAAAAUGGCCUUAAUAACAUGCUGAUGGCCCAGGUAAGCUAGACGUAAAACCUUGGCUCAGAGCCUUAGUCCAGAACCCUAGCCCAGAGCUCUAGUCCAGAGCCUUAACCCGAAGCCCUAGACCACUUGAUCUUAGUCCAGAGCUUCAGCCCAAAGCCCUAGCCCAGAGCCCUAUCCCAGAGCCCUAGUUUAGAGCCCUAGCCCAAAGCCCAGCCCAGAGCCCUAGUUCAGUGCCCAAGCCCAAAGCCCUAACCCAGAGCCCUAGCCUAAAGCGCUGGCUCAGAGCCUUAGCUUUCCUUCUAAAUCUAACCGUAGCUCUUGCGCUGGCUCUAGACUUAGCUCAGAGCCCCACUUUUAGCAAAAUUCAUAGUUUAAGUCGUAGCCUAAGUUAUAGCCUUAAGCAUACCUCUAGGUCUUGGCUUUAGCACUAUCUUAAGCCUUAGCCAUAGCCUUAGCCUCAACUCUAGUCUUAGUCAGCCCACGCGCUAGCCCUUGUUUCAGCCCUAGUUCUAACCUUAGUUCACUAGCCGUACCUUAACUAAAAUCUUUCUUCAGGCAAUCGUUCCAAUCUUCACCGGCCUAUUACCAGUGAUAGGUAUCGUACUAGGUAUGUUAAGUAAAACUAAUAACCCAAGCGUUGGUUUUACAAUCACAAUGAUGUUUUCAUAUCUACCGAUUGUUAGUCCAAUUUGCACCAUUUACUUUAUCACUUCAUUUCGACAGCGACUGAUGUUUUGGAGGAAAUUGAAAAGGAUUGACAAUCAUACCAGUGAAAUUCAGGCCAGCUACACUAA